GUAGAGAGGCCACGCUUCGUCGGACCACCGCCGAUCGAGGGCUAUGGGGAAGAUAUUCUCUCGUUACCUCAGCACAGGCAGCGACAGCGUUGUCCUGUCGAACCUCGCUCGCUCGCCCAGCUUCGUGGCCAUCGACAAAGCGGGCGACGAAAGCCACUCCAGCGACACCAAUCGCGGCUCCGAAACGCCCCCGCACAAGGGCGACGCGCUCGAUGCCUCGCUCUCACCGGCACGGCCACCGCUCGAAAGAGCCCAGGGAGCCGACGCCGCUGGCAUACCCGCGACGAACCAAGAACCGGAUGCCGCACCGAAGGAUUCGUGCGCUCAUCCCGUCAAGCACGUGCCGUCUAACGAUGCGUCUCUGAAGCACCUCCGUGACAGCGACCAGAGAGUGCCGCUGCCUUCGAGCGGGUUUCGGCGGCCGCUGGCGGUCUUGGGGCAACUCUUCGGCUCCCCCCUCGUGUCUGGCGCAGGUGGCGGCGGGGUAGCCGACCAGCUUCAAUUGCAGCAGGGUUCCACCUCGGAAGCUGUAAGCCUGCCUUCUACGGUGCCCCUGCGCCACUACAGCGAGACCAACGCCAACAACCUGGCUGCGCGGCUGAGACCCGUCUACAAGAGGGAGAAAGGGUCUCGACAGGCACGCGUGCGAUGGCCAUCGUAUACGGCGUGCCUGACGCUGGUGGGCGUGAUCAUGAGCAUUUUGCUGCUCCUGGGUGUCGCCACGACGCUGUGGCGGCGAACUGGGCUAAAGAACAAAUCCGCCGGCCUAGUCUCAGCGUCCACCAUCUCCACGGCGGCCCGGCGUCCGCGAGUCGACGACGCCGGCGUCCCCGUGAGCGUCCAGAAGACGCGACCGAGCGGCGUCACCAUCGUCGCGGCCGGUUCUCCGUCGCCUCGCACGGGAAGCGCGUGGCCGUCGCGUUUGAUCGACUGA